AUGAUAACGGUUUCAUCACCACCAAGAAACAACAAUAAUGCAAAUGCACGAAGCACCCGAAGAAGAUCUCAUCAACAAAAUGAAAAGUUGAUGGAGAAGAAGAGCGAGGAAAAAUACAAAGAAGCAAAAUUAAAAAUUGCCAAGAAAUUGUUUAAGGAAGCAGCAGAAGAUUUAACGGAAGCAAUCAAUUUUAAACCUCUUCCGAAAUUUCAUUUCUUGAGAGGAAAUUGUUAUAGACAUACUCAAGACUAUGAUCGAGCCAUAUUGGAUUAUACAAUUGCAAUUGACACUCAAGAGGAGGCAGCUUUCUAUCUAGCGAGAGGAAAAUGUUUUAGAACUAUCGGAAAAAUCAACAAGUCAAUCGCAGAUUUUGACAGAGGAAUUGAUGUUCUCUCUAAAACACCACAAACCACAAAUGCAUUACCAAAUACAGCUUUGAACAAUUCUCGAAUUCAAUCAUUGGACACCUCCACAUUGCUUCCUGUGACAAAUAUGGGUGGAGAGAAUCAGUCAGUGCUCUUUCAACUAUAUGUGGAUAGAGGAUUGAGCUACUAUGAAAAAGGAGAUAAGAAAAUGGCAAUUGAAAACUUUGGGAAGGCAAUUAAUUUGAAUAUCACCAAGCAGCAAAAUUUGUUCAAAGCAUAUUUUCAUCGAGGUAACACUUUGAGAGAGUGUGGAGAGCUGGAGGCUUCAAUUGAGGAUUUGACAAAAGCCGCUGAUCUUGAUCCUAAAAAUGCUGCUGUGCACAACAACUUGGGCCUGAGUUUUUUUGAGAAGAGAAAUUAUCCUGGUGCAGAAAAACGAUUUACGCUCGCCAUUGAGAAUGACCCCAUGAAAGCAAUAUAUCACAACAACCGAGGAUUAGCCUAUUACAAGCUAAAGGUUUAUGAAAAAGCCAUCGAAGACUUCACAUGUGCCUUAAAUCUUGAUCCUGAGGAUGGAAAUAUCUAUUUCAACAGAGGAAACACAUUACUUGCAAUGAAAAGGUAUGAAGAGGCCUUGGCAGACUUCAAUCUAGCAAUUAAUAAGGUUGACACUGAUGAAAAUUACUUCCACUGCAAAGGAAUUGCAUACCAAGAAAUGAAUGAUAUUCCUCAGGCAAUCCAAAUGUUCAAAAAAGCUUUGGAAAUUAAUGAGAAAAGCGUGCAAAGCUUGUAUCAUCUAGGAUUAAUGUAUCAUAUUAACAAUCAACUUUUCGAAGCUAAGAAACAAUUCUCUAAGGCGCUUGAAAUAGUUCAUGAUCAUAGAAUCUAUGAAAGUCGAGGAUUAGUAUAUAUGGACCUAUUGUAUUACGAGUUGGCAAUUCAAGACUUUUCAGCAGCUAUUCGUAUUGUGCCAGAGUCUCCUUCAAACUUUUUCCACAGAGGUAAAUGCUUUCUCUGGCUGGAGCGCUAUACUGAAGCCGUUAACGACUUUAAUACGGCAUUCAAACAAGGAUGUGACGAUCCUCAAGUGUACAAUGCGAGAGCCAUGGCAUACAAGCAUCUCAAAAAACAUGACGAAUCAAUUGCUGAUUUGACGUCUGCUAUCAAGCUCGAUGAGAGAAAUGUUGAAUAUUAUUUCAACAGAUCUCAAUGUUAUUUUGAUUUGAAAAAUUAUAGGCAAGCUUUGAAAGAUUUAGAUGCAAGUAUUGAAAUUGAAAAAAACGAACCUAAAUUAUUCUACUUGAGAGGUUUGACCUAUUAUGAAAUGAAAAAUUACAAAAGUGCAAUUAAGGAUUUUAAGGCAGCGUUGCGCCUGAAAAGUGGUCCACCAUCAUCAAGCUCUGUAAAAAUUGGAGAGCCCACUUUUGCUCAUGAUUGCUAUUAUCACAUGGGUCUCUGCUAUUGCUUUUUAGAAAAGUACGAAUAUGCAGUGGAGGCAUUCACAGAAGCCAUCGAAAUGAUCUCUGCUAAGGAGAAUACACAUGUCAAGGACUCUUCAUCUGCCCUAAUGAUCGACGAUGCUACUCUUCAUGCCUGUUAUCAUCAUGAAAGAGCUAAGGCUUAUCAAAUUCUGGGAAUGAAUGAGCGAGCUCUGGAAGAUUUCACAGCUGUGAUACAGUUCCAACCUGAUAAUGCAUUUGCCUACUUCAGAAGAGCUUUUGCUUGGAAAGCACUUGAGCGAUUCGAAGAGGCAGCAGAAGACUUUGAAAAAGCUAAAUCCCUACAACCCAACAAUCCUAAUCUCGUUGUCAACUAUAAGAAAAUAUAUGAUAUUGCAUAUGUGGAGUUAUGUAAGCCUGGAGAAAAUCAAUACUAA